AUGAUGACGUCGAGGCCAUUUCUGACGUGGCUGCUGCUGACGGCGCUGUCGACGCUGACGGAAGGCAAGUGCCCGUCGGUGUGCAGGUGCUCCACGGACGUCGGCGGGAGGAGGCUGGUGACCUGCGACUCAGGCAACCUCGUCGACCCUAUCCCCGUGUUUGAAAUGGACAAGGAGACGAAGGUCCUGACUAUCACAUCGCCCGAGGACCAGCCCAACACCCUCAUCCUCGGCCCGAUCUUCGCUACACUUCCCAAACUGGAGGAGGUCCACAUCACGCACUCCAACAUCCCGGCCAUCGGCGAGAACACCUUCUGGGGCCUCGGCCACCUCAGGCUCCUCAACCUCACCAACAACAACAUCACUUUCCUCGUCGACUCUCACCUUAACGGCAUGAUGGGCUUGGAGGAGCUGCACCUGGAUGACAACCACAUCAUGACCGUGGCUUCGGCAACAUUCAUGUACAUCAACAACCUGGAGACGCUGACGCUGGCGAGGAACAAGCUCCGCGGGCUCUCCCCCAGGAUGUUCUUCCUCCUCGGCCGCCUCAAAACGCUCGACCUGAGCGGGAACCCCAUACGAGAGUUGGAUCCGGAGGUUCUCAAGGACGUGCCCAACCUCAAAACCCUCCGCUGCGCGAACUGUGGACUCCUGAUGAUCAAGUCUCUUGUGUAUCGCGUCGUCCCCAAGUUGGAAACCCUCGACCUGAGCGACAACCACAUCCUUGCCCUCGCUCCCGAGGAGUACGUGGACCUCAACAAUCUUAAACACCUCUACCUGGAUGGUAACCGGAUCUUCGAGCUGAAGGACUACACCUUCCAGGGGCUCGCCCUCCAGCACCUUGGCCUCUCCAGGAACAGAAUGGAAAAGAUUUCGAAGAUGGCCUUCGAGGACUGCUCCGUCCUGAACCUCGACUUGUCCGCGAACAAGCUCCAGUUCGGGGCCUUCCGCCACCUGAGCCCCGUGAUCGCCCAUAUGCACGGCCUCAGCGUCGCCGGCAUCCACCUCAGCGCCGAGCACAUCCGGGAAAUCCUCAAGCGCGCAGGCAGGCUCAAGAGCCUCAACCUGAGUCGGAUGCGCCUCACGCAGCUCGUGCCCACCAUGUUCACAUCUCAGGGAAAGCUCGAGAUCCUUAACCUGUCGAGCAACAGCCUCCGCUACAUCCCCGUCGACAUCCUGCACUCGCUGCCCAGCCUCCACACUCUCGACAUCCGCAGGAACGAGUUCCGGGGAAUGCCGGAAAUCAUCCUGCGCCGCUUCGACCGCAUCCACACCAUCGAGCUCGACGGCAACCCGUGGUCGUGCGACCAGUGCCACAUUCCGUACCUGAAGAUCUGGCUCAACAAUACCAAGAGCUUUCGGGAGGCAUGCCAGCCGGACGUCGACGCCCCGAAGUGCCUCAAGUGCCAGUCGCCAAUGGAGAUGUACGAUAAGCCUAUCAUCGAAAUCGAGGGCCUGGAGCUGCAGCCGUGCCCCGAGGGAACGUUCGACGUCGCUGCCGCCAGCGCCAGCUCCUCCAACUUCUCCCUGGUGCUGGCGGUGGUGACUGCGGCGGUGGUAGUGCUGCUGCUGCUCAUCAUCCUCGUGGUGGGGAUCGUCAUGUACAACCGUCAUACUGCCUUCUACUACACCCACGAGAACGACUCCCGCCACCACUUCUACGAGAACCCGGCGCUCCACUCUAACCACACGGACAUUACCCUCGACGAGGACCUGGACCACUUGCCCGAGAAGGACCUACCCCAGAGGGAGUCCGGCCACCACCAGCAGAACAGCAUGGGCGCCCACGGAGGCCACGACACCCACACCGAGGCCGACAAGUCCGGAGAGAAGUCGAGCGGAGGGAAGAAGAAGACGCCCCAGGAAAACAACGUCGCGGUCAUCGACGAGUUAAUAAGGAAGAAGAACGCCAAGGCGGCCUCCAACGGGAGAUCCUGAGGCUUCCUCUCCCGGUCUAAGUACGAAAGGAAAAAUGUAUGACCCGACACCAACUCUGCCAAUUGCCUGAUUAAUCUUUUUAAUUAAAGUGUUAUUAACGGCAGUAGCCCUAGUCUAAAACCUCUCCCACCACACUAUACACCCCUUCUUCAUCCAGUGUAUUUUUAUUUCAA